GGGCCAGGACCGGUUCGAAGGCGUGUACGAAGGCAUUGGGCUGGAAUCGGAGCGGGAGCUGCGCCCCGCGGACCUGAGCAGCCAUGCUGCCGGGGGUGGGCGUGUUCGGCACCAGCCUCACGGCCCGUGUCAUCAUCCCACUGCUGAAGGACGAGGGCUUCUCCGUGAAGGCUCUGUGGGGCCGCACGCAAGAAGAAGCCGAGGAGCUGGCCAAGGAGAUGAGCGUACCCUUCUACACCAGCCGCAUUGACGAGGUGCUUCUGCAUCAGGACGUGGACCUGGUGUGCAUCAACCUGCCGCCGCCCCUCACUCGGCAGAUCGCUGUCAAAACCCUGGGCAUCGGCAAGAACGUCAUCUGCGACCGCACGGCGACGCCGCUGGACGCCUUCCGCAUGACGUCAGCGGCGCACUACUACCCCAAGCUCAUGAGCAUCAUGGGAAAUGUGCUGCGCUUCCUGCCGGCCUUCGUGCACAUGAAGCGGCUCAUCGAGGAGGGCUACGUGGGCGAGCUGCUGGUGUGCGAGGUGCAGGUGCACAGCGGCAGCCUGCUGGGCAAGAAGUACAACUGGAGCUGCGACGACCUGAUGGGCGGCGGCGGCCUGCACUCGGUGGGCACCUACAUCAUCGACCUGCUCACCUUCCUCACCGGCCAGAAGGCUGUCAAGGUCCACGGGCUGCUCAAGACCUUCGUGAAGCAGACCGACCACAUCAAGGGCAUCCGCCAGAUUACCAGCGACGACUUCUGCACCUUCCAGAUGGUGCUGGAGGGCGGCGUGUGCUGCACCGUCACCCUCAACUUCAACGUGCCCGGCGAGUUCAAGCAGGACGUGACGGUGGUGGGCUCGGCCGGGCGCCUGCUGGCCGUGGGCACCGACCUGUACGGGCAGCGCAACGGCGCCCCGGAGCAGGAGCUGCUGCUGCAGGAUGCCACCCCCGUCAGCAACGCGCUGCUGCCCGAGAAGGCCCUCAGCGACAUCCCCUCACCCUACCUGCGAGGCACCAUCAAGAUGAUGCAGGCCGUGCGCCAGGCCUUCCAGGACCAGGACGACCGGCGCACGUGGGACGGACGGCCGCUCACCAUGGCCGCCACCUUCGACGACUGCCUGUACGCCCUGUGCGUAGUGGACACCAUUAAGAGGUCCAGCCAGACGGGCGAGUGGCAGAACAUCGACAUCAUGACGGAGGAGCCCGAGCUGAGCCCCGCCUACCUGAUCAGCGAGGCCAUGCGGAGGAGCAGGAUGUCACUGUACUCAUAGCUGAGGACCUCAGGGACUUGGGCCUUCUGC